CCGUGCUCCCCAGCCCUGCGCGAUCCAGCUUGGGGAGGCGGGGAAGCUGCCCGAGCGCGACCGCAGCUGCAGUCACCCUGCAAGCCGCCAGCCGGAGGCACGGUCCCUAGGCCCUAGAGCCCGGGGAGGCCCCCGGGGACUCGGCACUGCUGGCGAGAGCUGCGAGGCCCGCCCCUGCCAGGCGCGGAGGGCGCGGAGGAUAUCCCUGGUGAUCUUGGAAGAGUCCAUAUCAUGGAAUCAAUCUCCAUGAUGGGAAGCCCCAAGAGUCUUAGUGAAACUUUUUUGCCUAAUGGGAUAAAUGGUAUCAAAGAUGCAAGGAAGGUCACUGUGGGUGUAAUCGGAAGUGGGGAUUUUGCCAAAUCCCUGACCAUUCGACUUAUUAGAUGUGGCUAUCAUGUGGUAAUAGGAAGCAGAAAUCCUAAGUUUGCUUCUGAAUUUUUUCCUCAUGUAGUAGAUGUCACUCACCAUGAAGAUGCUCUAAUAAAAACAAAUAUAAUAUUUGUUGCUAUACAUAGAGAACAUUAUACCUCCCUGUGGGACCUGAGACAUCUGCUUGUGGGUAAAAUCCUGAUUGAUGUGAGCAAUAAUAUGAAGGUAAACCAAUACCCAGAAUCCAAUGCGGAAUAUUUGGCUUCAUUAUUCCCGGACUCCUUGAUUGUGAAAGGCUUUAAUGUUAUCUCAGCUUGGGCACUUCAGUUAGGACCUAAGGAUGCCAGCCGGCAGGUUUAUAUAUGCAGCAAUAAUAUUCAAGCUCGACAACAGGUUAUUGAACUUGCCCGUCAAUUGAAUUUCAUUCCCAUUGACUUGGGAUCAUUAUCAUCAGCCAGGGAAAUUGAAAAUUUGCCCCUGCGACUGUUUACUCUCUGGAGAGGGCCAGUGGUGGUAGCCGUAAGCCUGGCCACAUUUUUCUUUCUUUAUUCUUUUGUCAGAGAUGUGAUUCAUCCCUAUGCUAGAAACCAGCAGAGUGACUUUUACAAGAUUCCUAUUGAGAUUGUGAAUAAGACCUUGCCCAUAGUUGCCAUUACUUUGCUGUCCCUGGUCUACCUGGCAGGUCUCCUGGCAGCUGCUUAUCAGCUUUAUUAUGGCACCAAGUAUAGGAGAUUCCCACCGUGGCUGGAGACCUGGUUACAGUGUAGAAAACAGCUUGGAUUAUUAAGCUUUUUCUUCGCUUCGGUCCAUGUUGCCUACAGCCUCUGCUUACCAAUGAGAAGAUCAGAGAGAUACUUGUUUCUCAACAUGGCUUAUCAGCAGGUUCAUGCAAAUAUUGAAAACUCUUGGAACGAGGAAGAAGUCUGGAGAAUUGAAAUGUAUAUUUCCUUUGGCAUAAUGAGCCUUGGCUUACUUUCCCUCCUGGCAGUCACCUCUAUCCCUUCAGUGAGCAAUGCUUUAAACUGGAGGGAAUUCAGUUUCAUUCAGUCUACCCUUGGAUAUGUAGCUCUGCUCAUAAGUACUUUCCAUGUUUUGAUUUAUGGAUGGAAACGAGCUUUUGAAGAAGAGUACUACAGGUUUUAUACACCACCAAACUUCGUUCUUGCUCUUGUUUUGCCCUCAAUUGUAAUUCUGGGUAAGAUUGUUUUACUCCUUCCAUGUAUAAGCCAAAAGCUAAAGAGAAUUAAAAAGGGCUGGGAAAAGAGCCAAUUUCUAGAAGAAGGUAUUGGAGGAGCAGUUCCUCAUCUCUCACCAGAGAGGGUUACAGUAAUGUGAUGAUAAAUGGUGCUCCCUGCUGCUAUAUGAAGUUCUCUUCAUGCCAUUAUUUUUAUGACUUCCUUUAUCUUCACUUGCAAGUGCACUGUCAAACUGCUGUGGGCUGAAACCUGUUCAAUGAGAUCUCAACUGAAUUGAUGGUAGAAUUUUCUUCAAAUUUGUUUUCCCUAAUGUCACAUUUUGCCAAUAUGAAUCUUUGUAGUCAGUUUAUGUUGAAACAUAGGUAUGUUUUGUUUUGUACAAUUAUAAUGCUAUUGUUAUUUUAAUAAACUUUAUUCCAUAAACAGGCAGAAA